GAGGGGAAGAUUGCCUCCCUCCAUCUGUGGGCAGCUCAGGUGAUGCAGCCCAAGAUUCCUUCAGCCCUGUGCUGUGGUUGCUUUACUGGGUCAUGGUCAGCUCGCUGUUUGCCAGAGCCAUGAGCUCCUUCCACAGAGCCACAUUCCAGCCCGUUGGUCUCCUGUGUAUAUCAAUGCAGACAAAGCUGAAGACCUGUAAUAACAUAUGUUUUCAUUCUUGAAUUGCAAAUGCUUCAUUUACUUAACUUACAUCAAAACAUUUUCAUAUAAUCACUGCUUGUUGUAUUGAUGCCCAAGAUAAAAUGCUUGGAUAUGUUGCUUUUUUUGGGCAGACUUCCUGUCUUCACUCACAAUCAAAUCAAGCAAAGUUUGAGCUAGAAAUCUUCUCCUGAAGAAUUAAUUUAUUGUUUGGUUCCCCCUCCCCCCCCAAAGUAAGUGAAUCUUAAUGUCUUUUAUAAUUUUUACAGGAAUAGUAAAUGUCUGUGCUCACUUUCAGGGGACCUCUUAUAUUAGAUCCUCUGCUUUAUGUCUUCCUGUGUGCAUUUCUGUUCCAGUGUUAUUUGUGUUUCUCCCACUGUGAAGAAAAAGGAGGCGUUGUAAGAGUUAUAUGUAUGUGUGCCAGAUUGAUAUCUAUAUAUGUGUUUUUUUUCCCCUUCUGAAGCUGUAGAACUGGGUUGCAUAGACUGUGAUGUAAAGAUUACCUCUAAAAGCGUUUGUGUCCAAAAUCUAGAGCAAAGGAUGUGAUUUGUCCUUUUGCAAGUAAUGUAGACAACUGUAGAUAGCUUAUGAUAAAGCGAAGCUGGUUUCUCUAACCUGGAUCUGAACUGUUUAGAGCUUUAGAUUAAAAUCAGUGUGUCAAAUUGUAACCAGAACAAAAAUAAUCGAUGCAGAUAAAAUUAAACCUUAGUGCUGAUGUAACUCAACUCCCGAACUCUGCUCAGCUUUGUUCUGUGCUAUUUGAAGUUUCCGCGUGGCCUGAAAAUAACUAUGCUUCAUUAGAUCCAUCUGAGAAGGAUUGAGCAGUUAGAUUACUGUAGAUGGAAUAAUGUGUAGAAACAACUUCUUGAUACGUUAUAGACUACACAGAUGCCGUUUUGCCAGUAUGCCCCUCUGGACCUCUAUAAGCAGCUGAAAAUCCAAUAAAGAUCCCUAAGUGAUGGGCAUUAUCCAGUUGAUUGAAGGAGCUUAUUCUACUUACAGCUCUGCCCGCCAGCCAAAGUAACAUCUGAUAUUUAAACUCAUUAUUUGUGUAUCUGAAACAGUUUGCUUGUAUCAUAGCUUAAAUAGAAGUUAAUGUAAUCAGCUACUCCAUCUGCGUUUGAAAUGAGGGUGGCGAGCUAGAGAUGAUGAGCCAGUUUGCUCUCGGAUUUCUUCAAAAAUGAAGCAUCUGUCUCUGCUUGCGGUUGACUGCAAGUCUAUUUGCCAUGUAAAAGUCAGGUAUUUCAAUGCUAUAGAGGACAUCAUAUACUCUUUAGUGGCUGGAAGCUGAAGAAAUGAUUCUGCUAACAAAAAAAGCUUGAUCAAGGGACAAGAGUUCUUGGCAGUAUCUGAAGAGGAUUGUAGACUGAGGGGGGGGGCGGGAAUUGCACAGCUGAGAAGCAGAGGAGGUUAAAAAUAUCUUUAAGCCUUUUUCCUUAAAGGAAGAGAGAUAUUCCAUGAUUUAAAUUUUGAAGGAAAUAAAUUCAUUUUGGGUACAACUGCAGAGACCAACUGUUCUGGUGAGUGUUAGGAGGCCUUUAAAACCAAUCACCAUCUGGUUCAGAAACUUUUAAAGCGGUUAGGUGAUAUGGCAUAUUCAGUUUAAGGCCCCAAUUAAGAGGUGUGUAAAGCAGGCUGAAGGCAAAUUUGCUGUUGCUGCCUUCUAUAAAAAUAGCCACAGUAAGUAACCCAGGAAGAAGGGAUUUGCAGCAGUGGAGUAUUAAGGCUGUGCUAAUACUGGUUAAUGGUGCUAGACUGGGGGAAAUAGGAGCAGGUAUUGCCUCUUUGCAAACUGCGUUCUCAAAGCAUGCCUGACAUUGCCCAGUGCAUGGGCACAGUCCUUGCUUUUUUUUUUUUUUUUGGUACUUCUGUCAAAAAAUGACGUUUUGGCAUUUCUGUCAGCGGCUCAGGGGAGCCUUUGGGUUUGUUACCUGUUUGCCUCCAGAACUUUUACUAUGAUUGAGCUUGAGAAUGAGACAACUGAUAGUAUCUACUGACAGCAUUGCUCAAGAUGUUGAAAGAUUUACAGAAUGUGCAUUGCAUGAAAUAACAAAGUACUGGUACUAUUUGUCAUGUGUCACAGUCUUUCUAAAUAGCUCAUCUCUAUUAGGCAACCUGGUCUUUCUAAAUAGCUCAUCUUCAUUAGGGAAGCUGAAUAACCAGGCAGCACACUGUAGGCAGUGCAGUCCAGGCCCUUCAUUGCUGCGGAGCAGUCAGCUCUUCUAGACGUUGGGAAGGAAGUGGAACAGCUGAAGGCACUCCAACAGUGUCCCACAUGGAUCAAAAAACACUUUUAAUACGUGGUGCAGUUCACCUAACUGUUGAUAGGCCUGAUACCCGGCGUUAGGGAUUUGUUUGUUACGUAAGCGUACAAUAUUACGUGUUUUUCGUGAGGCUGCAGUGUAGAUAGCUCUGCAGUUGAAAGACUUACAAGUGAGCGUGCAAGAUCCGUUAGUAUUUUUUAUUCAAUCUCUUGAAACAAAUAAAAAACACCCCCAAGAUCCACACCCGAAGAAACUACUGCAAAAAAUCCAAUCAAACAAAACUGGCACCUGCAGCAGCUGUUCUUGGAGCUGAAGCUACUGAUACCUGGAAAUGUCAAGGAACUGAUAAAGCUAAAUAUCUCUCCAAAGAAGGGCUCAGGAUACCUGAAGGUGGUCAGACUGAGAUCACCUUAGAUGCUGUGCUCUCUGAAAGUUUGCAUCACCUGGCAUUCACUUUGCACCCAGCGCCCAUAUGUGCAUCUGGACAUGAUAACAUCUUAAUUCUCUGUUGUGCAGAGAAUAUGGCUAAAUUCUAGGCAGUUUUUCAGAUUGAUUUCAGAAGAGCAUCUCUCCCUGCCAUCUGGUUGUGUAAGCUGUUGACAAUCUACUAACUCAUACUAGUUCUGAGUGCUAAUGACUAAUGAGGGCAGAGUUAUGCAGCAGGCCUGGCGACUUUCAUUGUCAACCGAGACAGUUCUGCUUCUUACAGAUUACGCAGCCCCACUGCCUUUCAUAGAUUGGCUCUGAUAGUUGUCUGACUGUGCUGCAAACUAGCUUGGUAAACAGGGACUAAACUGGUUAGGUUAGUUUCUGUCAGAUAGGCAGGUGAAAACAAGUGGCUUUGUCAUCAUGCAAGUACUGGGGCCAUUGCAGAGAAGGGAGUGAGUGUUGGGAGUGAAUAGCUUGCCUCUUCUGGUGGCUGCCAGCUGUUAAAUCAGUGCAAGCUAUAUCAUGUCACUGCUUCCUAACUUGUCAUUUUGGGCUGAACCUCAGUUUCUCUUCAAAGACUGCUUUUGAUUCAAUUAAUUUCUCUCCUUUCCUCCUCUUCUAGUGGCCUCUCUCUCCUAAAACCUAAUAACUGGUAUGUGCGCUUGUUGUACAAAAGGGCAUUGCCACUGAACAGGAGCACAAACCUGCUACAGGCUGUGCACCGUCACUACCACUGACAUUUGUAUUGGCUGUGCUCAAAUGAUUUGGACACCCCUACUCUUAGAACUACUCUAAAUCCAAUGUUAAGCCUUUCUUUCUGCAUCGCUUGUGGGAAAGAUAGAAUAGCUUUCAUUUACUUCAACAUGCAUCUAGUAGUUACAAGUCUGUUAAGGCAGUAUCUAAAGUAAGAUGGGACAGCUGAUUUUUUCCCCUUCCUUGGUGUGUCAGACUGGGAAAAUAGUGGAGGGCAAUGAGAGUGUGAGCUGCAGCAGAGAGACUGAAUUCCUGAGUGGAGCACUUUGCUUCAUAUGUGAAGGGUUGUGCUGAUUACUUGUUUUAAAGGGCUAAAGAAACUUCCUUUAGGUCAGAUUGCUGUAGGCUUUUUUUUUUUCUUUUCUAUAAAUCUUAUGCCAUGAUUUGCUUGCUGGUGUCGUCCUGUUUUAUCUCAACUAAUCAUUUUCACACCAAAACAAGUCCUUCAAAUACAAUUUCAGCGUUUAAAAGCCUUUUCCUCUCUGCUCUCACUGACACACUAUUUAGUUUUCGGGUCUGCUGUACUUUACUUAAAUGUGAUUUUUCUGAUCUUCUUGAGGCAGCUUAUGUUGAUGGCAAUGUACAGUAAAUGGUCUAGGUUCCUUCAGGCCUUCACUUCUGUAAAGCAAUGAUUUAAGAAGGACAGGGACAAGAAGUAAUUAUAAGUGUUCUUUUAAAGCAGCUUAAUGCAAUCAGUAUAGUUGGGAAGAAUAAGCAGAAAUGUCAGCUUACGUAGGAAGGAGAGGGAGGUUUUGUGUCUGCUUAAUGGAUGAUACUAAACAGAAGUACUUCGGUGAGGUUAACUCUGCCUUGUCAUGAAACCAUUACCAGCAGAAUUACUUCUCAUUAAACUGCUGCAUGCAAUCCAUGAUGGUUAAUGCCAUUAUGAAUUAAACUGGACUCUGUCUCUUCCUGACACUCUUACAUGCUAGUGAAAAGGUUAUUUGCCUUCCGAGGGUGUUUUUGAAUGUAAAGCUCUUUGGAUAACCUGAGCGUGGACUUUAACUGCAGUUUGAAAAGAUGUUGCCCCUCCAAUUUGUAUAAUUUGUAGUAGUUACAAUACUAUAUAAUAAUAAUAGGUUUUCCACUGUGUAAAAAAUCAGCUUUCCACAUAACGCUUUCAUCAUAUAAUUACGCUGAUUGUACCAGUUGUCAAAAUAUUUUGUAAAAGUAAUGGUCCUUUCUCUCUUUCUAGCAAUGUAUUUAAAUUCUAGCAGUCUCAUUGUACUGAUAAUUUAUGUGUUUGGGUAAGAGUGCAUAUACAUUCUCAGAAACUUUGCAGCUCGUGCUCCAAGUGGACUGGAAUUACAGAAUGGAAGAAUCGGUGUGCAAAAAUAUAUAUUUCAGUGUUGUUUUCCUGAGAUUUUAGGUACCACAGUGAUUAUAUUGAAUACAUACCUACACCCCUAAAUGUAGGGAGAAGGUUGUGUGUAACUGUAACUGAACCUAUAUCACUGUCUAACUUAAUAGUUUUGUCCCAUUGCUUCUCCCUUUCUUACUAAGCAGCUUCUUUUCAGAACCCAUUCAGUGAAGCUGAGCUUUCAAGUGCUGCUUGCAUAACUUGCAACUGCUCUUUAAUUUUGGCAAUAAAGGCAAUAGUAUUUUGGCAAUAUAGGCAGUAGUAUUUUGGCUUUUGUUGUUAAGCUUGAACAGAUUUGAAACUGGAAGUAACAAUGGCAGACUGACAUUGUUGACAGGUAAACUGAAAAGUCUACUGUAGUACUUACCUACUUUUUACAUAGAUAUUUGCUCAGUAUUUGAAUAAAACGUCUCCCAUCUGUGAUGAUCUGAAAUUUAAUGAUAAGGUCUGAUACUUAACAGGCAUAUAUCGGUCAUCUUAUAUGCAUGUAUUGUCAACAUAAGGUGGCUAAAUCGACUUUUUUUUUCCCCUGUAACUGAGCAGACAUUUUUAGGAAGGUAAAAUAGUGUAGAGAUGGAAUAAACCAGGAUAUUUCCAAAUAACAUAUUGGAAAUACCACCAACUUUUAUAUUUGGUAAAUAAUAAGGCAUUACUUAACUUUCAACACUUGAGCUAUUCAUGUUUAUAACUUUAGAAACCCUCACAGCAAGAUUCUGUCUAAAAAAGUGAGUUGUGCCUGGUUGGUUUUUUCUUUUUUUUCUUUUUUUGCUGUGGUUUGACUUGCUGAGCUGAUCUACCACAUGGCGCUCAUGUAUUAGGUCUGGUGGGAGACACAAGAGGCAGUGGUCAGGUAGGUGCAGCAGGGAGGGUGGGACAUUUCUGUAGCAGCAACAACUAUGCUCAGUGGAACUGCAUCCCGAGGUGUGAAGUAUUUUGGAAAAGAUGUGUGGUAUUGUCUAAUUAAACAUGCUAUCAAGAAUCCUGAGCCUGCAUUUUUGAUUGCAAUGUCGAUUAAAAAAGUCAAAAAAGUUUGGAUCAGACUGUUGAAAACCAAGAGAUCUUUUGGCCUGGACCGUUGUAUGUCCUAAGAAGAAGGUAAGAGACUUGAAGGAAAAAAAAAAUUCUGAGCUGUAAACCUACGUGUAAGCUGCUGAGGACACAGUAGAUAUUCCUACGAUGACGUAUCAUGUUUCCUCUUCUUCUGUGUGAUGCUUGCAAGUACGAAGUGUCGUGCUGGUGUUGAGAGAAGUGAAGGCUAACAUGGGAAACUGAUCAUGUAGUGCAAUUGCAUCUAGAAAGGUAAGUCCAUUAGGCUGUGUUCUACUUGAUACUGAAAGAGGUGAAAAAGUUGCUUCUGGUAUUGAAGACAGGCUGUUUUGAAGCAGGAUGGCUUGGGCACGGGUAUCUGUAAGGAGAGAUAAAGUGAGAAUUAGCCAAAUAGUGGUCAUCGGAAUAGGAAGAGCAAUCUGAGCAGUUUCAGACAUGCCACAGUUACUGGCUGAAAUUAAAGAGAAAAUGAGAGCACUCUGAGGAAAAGAUCAGAGAAUUGAAUUGAACGGGAUGUGAGAAGAGGCAGUAGCUAAAAUUCUUUCAGGGGCAUAGAGCUAAUUGCACACAUUUCAAAACUCAUUGAAGGAAAGACUUUCAAAAAUCCCAUUUGUUUAAAUACGUUAUUGGGCUUGUGAAUGAUUGGCAUAGUUUACUGUGGAAAUGAAUAUACUAAUGAAAUGCUAAGACAUGUCAACCCAAAGCAACACGAGAGAAGAAUGUAUGUGUUUGCCAAAGGAAAAAUCCCUCCUUGCAAGGAUGCACAACUGAAGCUGUUUCUCUGCUUCAUCAGUUUGAGAAAGCAGUGAAGGGAAGUAAUGCUCCUUCAGAUCCACAGAUCUGUUCCUCUUGAGCAACAGUGAAUCUUUACUACAGGUACUCAAGUGAUUGUACUCUUCUAGUAGGAUUCACAGAGUGGCUUUUUGAUGAUAGAAUGGCUCAUCCCAUUCCAACCCCCUGCCAUGGGCAGGGCUGCCCGGGGCCCCAUCCAACGUGGCUUUGAGUGCCUCCAGAGAUGGGGAACCCACAGCUUCUCUGGGCAGCUGUGAAAGAGUGAAAAAUUUUCUCCUAGUGUAUAAUCUGAGUCUCCCCUCUGUUAUUUCAGAACCAUUCCCUCUUGUGCGAUCGCUAUCAGAGCAUAUAAAAAAAAUGGUCUCCCUCCUGUUUUUGAGCUCCCAUUAACUACUGGAAGGCCACAAUGAGAUCGCCCCAAAGCUUUCUCUUCUCCUGGCUGAAUGAGUUCAGCUCCUUAUACCUUUCUUCACAGGAGAGGUGCUCCAGCCCUCUGAUAUCCUUGCAGUCCUCCUCUGGACUCUCUUUAACAGCUCCGUGUCUUUCUAGUGCUGGGAUCCCUGAGUCUGGGCACAGUAGUGUAGCAGGGGCCUCAUGAAGAGAUUGGCUUAGCAACUAUAAAAACCAGGCUAGUCAUGGAGUUCUGUAUCCUGUUCUGGCCCCCGCAAUUCAAUUCAAGAUGAGGAUAGGUUGGACAAGGUCCAAAGGCGAGCCACAAAGAUGAUCAAAGGGGGCUGGAGAAACUAUCCUACAAGGAAAAAGAUGAAUGGGUUGGUUCUUUUUGCCAUGGAAAAGAGAAAGCUUGGAGAGAUCUCAUCAUAGUAUUCCAGCAUCUAAAGGGCAGCUACAAAGAUGAUGGAGUCUCACUUCUCCAGGAGUAUCAUGGAGAAGACAAUGGACAAUGGGUACAAAGUUAUACUGGGUAAAGGUUUUGUCUGAGUAGAGAAUCCUUUGAGGUAACUUUCAGUGUGAAAGGUGUAUGAAGUAAUGGAGGAAAGGAAUAGGAGACUGAGUCAAGGGAAAUGGUGUCCUGUGCGGGAACUGGUUUCUUACUGCAUUCAUUCAUUUUCAUUCAUAUUCUAAUAAAGUGAAACAACUUUUCAAGUAAUGUUGCCGACUUAAGGAUGUGGAAAAAUGAAGGCUUGAAUCGAGAGUGCUUUGUUUUUAUUUUUUCCCCUUGAACCUGGAUUCUUUCAGUCAAACUGAAGCAGUUCAACAAUCUCAAAUAUUUCACACCCAUAGAUAGUCCAUGGUGCUUACUCACUCUCCCUUUGAAACAGAAGACAGAGAGAAAAUGCACUGAAAAUAGUUCAUGAGUUAAGAACAGGGAGCUCAUUUGCCAAUUACCCUCAGAAGCAAAGCACUCAGCAUAAGAGAGAUUAAUGUAACCUAUUGCCUGCUGAUAACAGACUAGUGCUGUGAGAAUGAAAAGCAAAGUGAAAACACCAUCCCGCAUCCAUCCUUUUCUCUCUCCUCCUCCUGAACAGCACAGACAAAUGAGGAAUGGUGGCUGCUGUCAGUCCACAGUUUGUGUCCGCCACUCCUUUGUGGUCGCUCUGUGCACCUGCUGUACCCUGAGCUUCUCCAGAAGCUGCAUGUGGACAUGUGCUGUAUGUAGAUCUGCUCAAGCUGCUGUCAUGGGCAGCAGGGAGACAGCCUGCUCUGCCAUGGUCGUCUCCUGGUCUACAGAGAGCUGACCUUGCUGGCUGCAGAGCUGUUUCUCUCUUGUUUUCUCAGUGCUCUCCCUGAGCUGCAAUUUGCAGCUGUUUUUCCUUUCCUUCAGUCUGCUCUCCCAGAGUUGCGCCCAGUGUCUCCCAUGGCUCAGUGCUGGCUGCGGUGGGUGCCUUUUGAAGCAGCUGGGGUUGGCUCUGAUCUGAUCUGGGACAGCUGCUGGGCGCUGCUCACAGAGGCUUCCCCUGCAGUCCCUUGCUACCAAAACGUUGCUUCAUGAAGUCAGUGCAAAAGAUUUUGGACUUCUGGAUUGCACGAGACAUAGCCUAAAUGCGAAGUUGUUUAAUUAACAUACUGAAAUUAUCUGUACUAUCCUUAUCUCUGAACAUCUAAAUUAAUGGCAUUGCUGUAGUAGAGAACAGCCUUUGUAAGGUCUUCUCUGUUUGUUUGUUUGUUUGUUUUUUGGGGGAAAGAAGACUUGUUUUUCUUUCACAUUAAAGCUGGGAUCUGUCAGUAUCUAUCACAUAUGUUAAAUAGUACUAUUCUGGUUGUUUUACAUGCGCUCCUUCUGUGUAUCUAGAAUUUGAAGAAUCCAAUGGAAACUUCAGACUAAAGCAAAACCAUUCACUUUCUUACGAGACUUUAAUCUGGAGAACUGGUUUUCUGAACUUUGAGUAGCAAAGGAUUUCUUCACUUGCCAGGAAUGGGCAUGUUGCGUGUGGAAAAACAUAGCACAUCCCAAAUUCUUCUCCUGCCUCUUGCUGACCUUGCCUUGAUGCUAUAGGAUUAGUCUGAAGCUUCCCUGCAGGAGAUGAGCAAUUCAGAAAUGAGGUAACAUAUGCUGCAGACAUUUCAACCCAAAUGGGUGGAGAGGUGAAGGAUAAUAAUGAUAUUUCAUUCGGGAAAAUAACCGGUGUAUUGUGGGUAUUGCUGUGUUUGAGUAUGUUAAUGCUUUCCAGGCUCUCUGCUAUCUCCUAGUGACCUUGCUUUAAUGCUGGAGGUCCAAAGUUGUACUUAUCACAGUAAUUGAUUGUUCGCUUGUAGCUGGAAUGAUUUAUGUCACAUUUGUCUCUGUAUGUUGUAGAAAGAGACUCGGGAAAGUGACUGGUAGUGGUGCUGUGUGUGAUUGAUAGACUCCAUGGCUUCCUUUUGUCAGUGCUUGUUCUUGAAGGUGCUGGAACCUCAUGUGCCCUUUGCAUCAGUUAGGCAUCUGCUGCUAUUUUCCCUUCCCGUGUCUCCCAGUUAGUAUUUUGCCUUUCCAUUUAGUUCCGAGCUUACAGUAUAAAUUGUAGACUGAAAACAUUUGCUUUCUUUAUACAGUGGUUACCAACUAUUUAAUACCAUUCUAGUGUCACCCGUCUCUGUACGCAAAGCCUGUGGUGCCUUCAUGAAAGGCUAUGGAGUUAAUGAAGCUGGAGAGUGUGUUCAGUAGUUAAAAGAAUUUCUGCUUUUAUUUUCAGGUUAUCUGUAAUGUUUUAUAAGAGAAUAAAAUUAAUGAUCUUAUGCAGAAUAUGACAAACAGUUGUCAGAGCUUGAAGGAGCUAUUGCUGUGCUUUUCACAGUUCUUGCCAUUAGCCAGUUAAUCUGGCUGAGAUGACAGACGGGUUAGAUAGAUACCAAGAAAAAGGAAUAAAAGCAGUAGAUGAAAUUUUUGCAUGGAACACUGUGUCCCAUUGAACAGUUGCACGAACUUGAGCAAGAUACAGCCCAACCUGUGUUGGGGUAGAGGAGCAUCAUGCUGUUGACAUUGAUCUAUACCAUUGUCCCAACUGCGCAGUUCUUCAUGGACCUUCUCUAAUGAAAAAGAGAAGGAACUGGCACAGACAUGACUACACGGAGUUGGAUGAUGGCUCCAAACCGGUGCAGGCUGGAACACGGACCUUUGUUAAACAGCUGCGGGCUCGCUCUUUCCCAAGCGCUGAUGAAGUCAUUUUGAAAAUGCAUGGAAGCCAACUUACACAAAGAUACUUGGAGAAACAUGGGUUUGAUGUACCUAUUAUGGUUCCUAAAUUAGAUGGCCUGGGGCUCAGACUUCCUCCACCAACUUUCUCUGUUUUAGAUGUGGAACGCUAUGUAGGUGGUGACAAAGUGAUAGAUGUAAUAGAUGUAGCAAGACAAGCAGACAGUAAAAUGAAGCUCCAUAAUUAUAUUAAAUAUUUCACAAAUCCUGACCGACCAAAAGUGUUGAACGUGAUCAGCCUGGAAUUCUCGGACACGAAGAUGUCUGAGUUAGUGGAAGUACCAGAUAUUGCCAGAAAGCUUUCAUGGGUGGAAAAUUAUUGGCCAGAUGAUUCUGUCUUCCCUAAGCCUUUUGUUCAGAAGUAUUGCUUGAUGGGUGUCCAGGACAGCUAUACUGAUUUUCAUAUCGAUUUCGGAGGAACUUCAGUUUGGUACCACGUUCUCUGGGGUGAAAAGAUAUUCUAUUUGAUCAAGCCCACUGAUGAAAAUUUGGCUCUGUAUGAAUCUUGGAGCUCAUCUGUCACCCAAAGUGAAGUAUAUUUUGGAGACAAAGUUGACAAAUGUUACAAAUGUGUUGUAAAGCAAGGACACACUUUAUUUGUUCCAACAGGCUGGAUUCACGCUGUGCUCACAUCUCAGGAUUGUAUGGCUUUUGGAGGAAACUUUUUACACAACCUCAAUAUUGGCAUGCAGCUCAGGUGUUACGAAAUGGAGAAGAGGCUAAAAACCCCAGAUCUUUUCAAAUUUCCUUUCUUUGAAGCCAUCUGUUGGUUUGUGGCCAAAAACUUACUGGAAACAUUAAAAGAACUGAGAGAAGAUGGUUUCCAGCCUCCAAGCUAUUUAGUGCAAGGAGUGAAGGCUUUACUUACUGCUUUAAAAUUAUGGAUGAAAAAAGAGCUUGUAACAGAACAUGCCUUUGAAAUUCCAGACAACAUUAGGCCUGGACAUCUCAUAAAAGAGCUCUCAAAAGUGAUUCGUUCCGUAGAGGAGGAAAACAACAAACCAGUGAAAACUCAGGGAAUUCUUGGUGUGUGUUCAGCUUCACGGUCUUCACAUGAAACAGCUUCUCCUCACCACUCGAGACGAAGGGUGAGGAAACUGCGAGACCAUGCUACCAAAACUCCUUCUAAUCUAGAUAUCUUAGAACUCCACACAAGAGAGGUACUGAAAAGGCUGGAGAUGUCACCGUGGGAGGAGGACAUAGCAAACUCGAAACUGAAUGGGAGAUUUAACAAGCCCUUUCAACCGUCUUCUACAGUACCUGACUGGCGAACAAAGGACAAUGAUCUUCGCCUUGUGCUGUCAAAUGGAAGAAUCAUUAGGGAUGAAAGACGUCCAUUUACAGAUCGAAGUCUUUACACAGCAGAUAGUGAAGAUGAAGAUGACAGAACAAGGUCGAAAAAGGUGACUGUUAAGAGAGAAGAUCAGACCUCAGGAUUUGAAGGAGAAGGGAAUGCAGAUGCCCAAAAACCACUGAACAUGUUCUUUGAAAGUGUGAAAUCAGAACUCAGGAAAGGAUCCUCAGUGUACUCUGAUAUUUCUGAUUCAGAAGAAUCUGAGCCUGAUUGCACUACACAGCAGAAGGAUUCCUCCACAGAGGAGUCGGAAAGCUCAGGUGAUGAAGAGAAACAGGAAGUAACAUCAAAUUUCAAGGAGGAAUCUAAGGUCAUGAGAGACCUUUGUCAAACUACCCAGAAGCCAUCCAGAAACGAAACUCCCAGUAAAAAGGAAUGUCCUACCUCGACAAGUACAGAAGAAGAAGCUAUUCAGGGCAUGCUUUCUAUGGCAGGAUUGCACUAUACCACAUGUUUACCAGAUCAUACUCAAAGCACAGACUGCACAGAUAAAAGAACCUCUCUUCAGGAACAAAGAAGCUAUCCUAGAAGUAGGCAUAAAGACAGACAGCCUUCUCAGAGCCACAAAACAAUAGAAUGUGGUAGGUCUGUGAAGGAAGAGGAAAGACACCUGGGGACUUCAGCGUGGGCUAAACACCUGAAUGAAGCUUCAAGAGUUACCCCUCAGGAUACAAGUAAAACACAAAAAAAUAUCAAGAAAGAGGGUGCAUCAGAGGCUAAUCAUAAGGUUCAAGAAAACAGAAGUAUAGUCCACAGCAGUGGCUUGAGUUUUCAGCAUGGCAAAUAUAUGCGAGACUCCAAUCUAAUUCAAGGAGAAUGCCGGCUGAGUGAUGGCAGCCUCAGCCCUGACAGGCCGUAUGGUGAAACAUCCUUGUCUGUUCCACUUCAUCCAACGAAGAGGCCAGCUUCAAAUCCACCCCCUAUCAGCAACCAGGCGACAAAAGGCAAACGUCCAAAGAAAGGAAUGGCAACUGCUAAACAGCGCCUUGGGAAGAUCUUGAAGCUGAACCGCAAUGGCCAUGCACGCUUCUUUGUUUAAUGUAGCUGCUACUUCUACUACUGCUGUCUUUCCUAUACAGACGAGUAUUGAGGUUGACAGAGCCUGGAGCUGCUGUUUUUCCUCUGCUUGAAGCAGACUUGCAUGUACCAUAUAAAACACUGCCUGAUGAACAACAACAACAACAAAAAAAAACCAACCCACAACCCAAUGCUGCAUUUUCACUGUGCCACACCUGCUCAGCAAUAACCAUUAGGGAAUGGGGAAAUCUUCAGAGAGACGUGGACUGUGAGAAUUAGUCUCUCAUCAGGGCUUGAAUAUCAUUUGUUGCUGGUAGUUUCUGACCUAAUCCAUGAGGGGAAGACGAUGAAGGUGGUUUAUCAAUAAUUUAUUUCUGAUAGAUUUUGACGACUUUAAAAUUCAUUUUAAAAACUAUUUAUUUGGAAGACUUUUUUUUUUUUGUGGGAGUUAUUAAUUUAGAUUUAAGAAUGUGAAAGCUUUUAAUUGUUUUGAUAAUGUAUGUUUGGUGCAGUGGAGAGCCACAUUAAUGGUGAUUAUUCUGGACUCCUAAACUUGUUAUUCAGGUUAUAGUCUUAAGUAGGAAUGAGAUGCAUUAUUAAUUAUUUUUAAAUUAAGGCUUAUGGAAUCUUAUUUUUUUCUGCUCUUGAUAAGCUAUUGUCUGGGCUUCUGUUGACUUGCGAGGUGCAUAUUUUCUGCCAGCUUGAUUAUUUUUUGAUCUCUCUUUUUUAUACAGAUUUAUUUAUUUGAUGGAGUAGAAUAGACUCUCUAAGGACACAAGAUUCUUCUUACGUCAGUCCAGUAGCUAACUUGUUUUAAGCUGCACCCCUUUCCUCCAAGUCAGAGUGCAUAUCUUUCAUCCAGAUGUCACGUUUGAUCUAUCUGUGAUGACUUGCUUCUGCAGAGGCUCCCUGAAAGUUGUGUUUGCAUAGGUGAUUUGGAAUCUGGUACAAGGGAGGGAAGCAUCAUGCAUCUUCUUGGAGGAAGUGGGAGCUCAGUUAGGAUACGUGUUUCUUCACAGUUACUCAGAAAUAACUCAUAAGACACAUUGCAGUCUUAAGAUUUGGCAUAGUGCUUAAUGUGGCAUGAAAGAAGCAUUAAAAUACUACUGUCUUUUAAGCAGUUUAGUGAAGAGUCAGGAAGGUAGGAGAAUCUGUGUUACCUUUAAAGCUGGACAACCAAUUGGAAGUCUUAACUGGUGCACGUACAUGUGUUAAGUAGCUUACUGGUAUCAGAAUGACCAUUUCUGUCAGGCUACGUACGGAGCCGACAGCAAAUGCUGAUUCUGAAUUACUGUAAAUAAUUUCGAUUUAGAAUUUGUAUUUUUUCUGUAAUAUAAAAUUAAAUAUUUAACUUUUGGGGUAUUGGGAUGAAGGCUUAAAGGGGAAUACUUGAUUCUGGAAAAAGGGCAUUUUGCAGGGUCCAGCCAAACAAAACCAUUAAUAUGCUAGUGACAACAGUAUUGUGGAUUUCUUUGUUUUAUUUUGUUUGUGUGUUUAUUUUGAGUGAUUCCUAAGCGUAAAAUAUUCAAGCAUAGCUAUCCAGUUUGUUGAUGUAACUUUCCAUAACCAGUUUUUCCUUCCUCCAUAUUCUAUACUGAAAUAGUUUUCUCAUAUUGUGAUUUAAAGGCAGGUUGACUUGGACUUUCAAGAAUAUUUUGUGCAGGAUUAGAUUUCCUCUAGAGUAGAUUGCUAAUAUCUUUGCAAAAUUAUGGAAAUAGUUCUGAUGUCAGGUGUUUUUGAUUGUUGCAGGGGCAAGACUUUUCAGCACUAUGUUAUCCUGUUUCUGAAUUGAGAAACAUCAAAACAUAAUGCAAUUGCAAAUAAAUCAGGUAGUUUUCAUGGCCUGACUUCCUUGAAAAUUUGAAAGUGACAACUUAAGUGUGUUUUGCAGCCCUGCUUUUACCUUAUAUUGAUUUGACUUUGGAGUUUUGUGUGUAUGCAUGUGUGAGUGUGGGUAUGAAUGAAUUUUUUAAAAGCUUUUUUUUUUGUUGUUGGGAUUUUUUGUUUGUUUGCUAAUGAUAGUUCCACUAAAAAUAGAUCUCUUUCUCACACCCACCCCCAGAAUGAGAAGACCACUGGCUGCAUUCAGGCUGUUCCAGGUUUUUUGUUUGUUUGUUUGUUUAAAUAAAUAAUUAUUUUUUUAUUUAAUGCAAGUUAUCAACCUUGUUUAGUAAACUAUUGGGAAUGGAGAUAAUAGAAGAUUGCUAAAAAAGUAGAAGCUAUGCCAAGAGGUACUCUAUGGUGCUGAAAGUGACAAUAAUUACUUGCUGUUCUCAGGUGCUAUGUUUUCCAGAUUGAAAUAGUCAAAAGAGAGUAUUUUAACUAUCUUUUAAUAUGUUCUUACCAAAGUAGUAGGUCAAAGAAAUAAAAUAUGUUGUCAAUAUUAGUUAAAAUUGUCUACCCAUGUAAGUAUUCCUUGUGCUUGAGCUUGAGCAAGUGGAUUAGUGCCUGCCAAGCUCUGAAAUCUGUUUUAGCUUUAGUGUAUUAAACCAAACUGCUUCCUUCUAGCUAGCUGUAUAAUUUUUAAGAAUAGAAAAUUCCAGUUUAGGGCAGCAAGCAGAUUCGGAAAAGGAAGAAGAAUGAGCCACCUCUCCAUGAAAGCAGAUUUCUGAGAACACUAAUUGGAAAUGGAAGGAUGCCAGAAUAGAAUCUGGAGUAAGGAAUUUUGAAAUGUGGAAUACACGUUCUUGUAUAUGUGACUGGUUUAUACGAAGUCUGUUUUCUGACCACCCACAUUAUUUAUCUUGCAUCUUACUAUUAGAACACAGAUAUGGCUGGACCCAUAUAUAUUAUUUCUUCUUCUUUUUGUUCUUUCUUUAUUCUACUUUCUACCUUUUUUUUUCUUCCCAAAGUGGCUCUCUGCUGUUGUUGCUGUUGUCAGUUAUGUAAUAGUCUCUUCACAGGAUGUCAACAGGCAGAGGUUCAUUCCCAUUUUCUUCAGAUAUCCGUGCUUCCAGCAGAAAUUAACUCUGAUAUUCCACCUCAGAAGAAGUAUUCUAAAAUUAAUUGCCACGAUGAGCCAUGUUUAAAACAAAACAAAACAAAAUCUCCUGGUAGCUUAUGAAGAGGAUGUGGUGACCUCACUUGUUUUGUGUACAUGUUUGUAGGGAUAUUUUUAUGGUGUUCUAGAUGAAAACACUACUGCACCAAUCUUUUCGUAGAUGGACUGAACUUUGUGUUGUAGUAGUGGAGAGAGAAAGCCCUGUUGCUUGUUUUUUUUUUCCUUGCUAUCUCACUCAAGGUGGAGAAGAUGUGAGGAGUGGGUAGCAGUGACUGAAUAACUCAGAGAAUUAAGCCUGGUAUGAUAACUCGUUUUGAAGGAGAACCUUUUUUGAGAAGUCAGAAAAGGAUUUGGAUUUGACAUAAAAACUUAAUUUUCUUUUUAUAGGCAGACAGAACAGUAGGAAAUGAAACAUUGCAGGGGUUUUCCCAUUCUCUCAAGUUCUCACGUUCCUACAACUAGGAGAAAACAGAACUAUGAAAAGAAAACCAAAACCAAAAGAUAAAAAUGGAAAGACCACCCAGAAACUGUUAUCUAUUACCCUUCCAGCAACUUUCCCUUUUCUCCUCCUGCUAGACUUGUUAAUGAACCCUGGCUACAAGGUAGCCUUUAAUGACCUCUGAGGUAGAUUACCUAUGCAACCUAUAAUACUCUUCAUGAAUCCAUUCUUAAAUACAAUUUUGAAAGGGUUAGAUGUUGAGAGUUAAUACCGUUGCUUUCUGAUCACGUGGGGGAUUUGGAGGGGGCUGGGUAUUAUUUUUUGGUAGUUGAAGUGCUUGUGCUACCUUUAGUGGUGAUAUAAGAGUAGAGUGUCAUCAUCACCCUUUAGAAGCUUCAGCUUUUCCUAGGCUUUACUAUAUGCCAUAAGCUACCUUCAUUCUCAAAGCCAUAAAGUUGAAGACGUUGAAAAUUUUGCAGGGCUUCAGAGUCGCAGCUGGCACGAAUCUUGCUGAUUGCUUUCUGGCAGCUGUGGAGACUAAGCAGAGCUGAAGCUAGAGUGACCUAGUGCUGCCAACCUACAACUACUGCCCUGUUAAGGCUCCCUGUGCCCAGCUCUCCCUCCACACCUUCUCACGACCCCCAAAUCUAGCAUCUUUUCAGAAUUUCAUUCUCGUAAUACUUCCAGACCAUUAAAAGCUGUUUGUACCUAUGGGAUUGAGUGAGCCCAGAGCUACUCUGUUUCACAGACAAAAUAUAAAUGGAACCCAGGGCCUUACUAUUUGUGAUUAAAUGGAAAUAAAAGCUGCAACAUCCAUUUUUCCAAAAAAAAACAACCCCCCCCACCAAGAACCACCCUAGUAACACUCCGGGAGCACGAGAGUGAUGAACCAUGCAGCGGAUGGGAAAUACAAGUAGCACUGAUAAGGAAAUGCACCUUUCUCAUAGGAUGCGUUUCCCUUUGGAUAAAAGACUUUUUGUACUUUUAAUAUAAACUAAGCCAUAUGCGUCUCAUGCCGUGGGAAGGGAACGAAAGGGAUCACUUUAAGAGAUUAUAUUGAUAUGUAUCGUCACUUCUGCUGGGAAAUGUCUAUUGCUGCCAAUGCUUUGGUGAACCUUUUUCUAAAAACCAUGAAAUUUGAGGGGAAAAGAGAAGGGGAGGGCGGGGAGGGGGCUCAUUCCUGGCUAUAUUUACUAGUUUUGUAGUAACGUUUUGCUGGCCCGUUUGUCUCUUCCUCUCCUUUUUCUACUCUGAUAGCCUGAUCUGUCUUUCCUUCUGCUGUCUCUGAAAAUAUUAGCUUGUCUGCUCAGUAGGGGUCGGUGUAUGUGUGUCUUCCUUUUACAGAAACGCACUACUGUGUUAAGUAUUUGGCUGGGAAAUGGGAUGCUGCAGCUUUAAGAGCAUUUUUUCAAUUCAUAACAGUAUUUCCCAUCCUCUUUUGCCUGCAGGCAGGGAAAGUGUAUGUACAGUAUUUAUUUUGUUUUGAUUUUACGUUAAAUUUGUAAGUUUCUAUAAGUAGUUCACAUUGAUUAUUCUAGGGGAGGAUAAGUGGCUUUGUUUAAAUUUGUAUUUGAUAUUCAUAGUUUCCACUUUCUGUACUUUAAAAUACUGAAAUUAAAAACUUGUAUUGCUUAUGUUUUGAUUCUA